CGUCUGCUCUGCUCACUCCUCCUCCGCCUUUGUUCCUAUCCAUUCACAUCCUCCUGUCCUUCCGCGGCCCAGAGCCCCGCCAAAACGGCCGCACUGACAUGCUCGGAUCCUCUGCAGCUGCGUCCGUGUGUUACCCUUUCUCCCCUCAUGGCGUGGCAGGUCCAGCAAGACGCCGGGAGAUGGGAUCAGAGCACGGAGGAUCCUGUAGGGGACGCGACAAUGGGGGGCAGACAGUGGGGUGUUGCGGCAACACGUAGGCGCCAACCGCCAAAGUCAUUGGAGCACAACCCCCAAUUUCUCCUUCCUCGAAUCGAACCUUUUAAUUGUGCCUCCUGGUGCGGGUGCCUCUUCCUCUUCCUCUUGCUCUUUGCUCCAGCCUCCAGCUAGCUUCGUCUAUAUAAGCAACCAGCCAUCAGCCUUCCUUCUCUCCUAGCUAGCUACUAGUACCUGUCCUGCUGUCCUUCACAUACAUCUAUCCAUCGGUUUCUCAGCUGCUGCUGCAUACACACCUCGGCCGCCGCCAUCGUCGUCGCCUAGCUAGCUCUGCUCCUGGGUCGUGCGCCUCCAUCGCCGUACGUUCGAUCGAGCACAGCACGGCCGGCCGGUGGGCGCACGCGCACGCGUUAGCUUAUACUACAUUAAACGUACGAGACUGCAGGAGCUAGCGAGCAACGGCGUGCCGAUCGAUCGAUCGACAGAGCGGGGCAGAUCGAUGAGCUGCAACGGCUGCCGCGUCCUGCGCAAGGGCUGCAGCGACGCCUGCGUGCUCCGCCCCAGCAUCGACUGGAUCCACGGCGCGCAGCCGCAGGCCAACGCCACCGUCUUCGUCGCCAAGUUCUUCGGCCGCGCCGGCCUCGUCGCCUCCCUCGCCGCAGUCCCGCUGCACCACCGCCCAGCCCUCUUCCGGUCCCUGCUGUACGAGGCCUGCGGGCGGACCAUCAACCCGGUGAGCGGCGCCAUCGGGCUCAUGUGGACGGGCAACUGGGACCUGUGCCAGGCCGCCGCGGACGCCGUGCUCCGCGGCGAGUCGCUGCGCGCGCUCUCCGCCGUCCCCGCCGCGUUCACGGACCGCGACAUGGACGGGCUCUACGGCAGCGUCGGCGGCCUGGUCGCCGCCGCCGCCGCCGCCGCGUCGCCCGAGAACUCCUCCUCCUCCGCGCCGUCCACAACGAAGCGCAGGAACGCGAACGGCGGCUCCAGCAACAACGCCGUCCCUGCGGCCGCGGCCUCUCACCACCGCCCGCCGCCGCCGGCUGCUGCCGCUGCUGGGCUGCUGCUGCAGUCGUCGUGCCACCAGCUCGACCUCUGCCUGACGCCAGCGCUGUCGCCGCCGGGCGCCGGGCCGCGGGGCUGCGCCGCCGGCGCGUCCGACGAGUACUCGGCCACGACCACGUGCGAGGACCAGACCGGUGAUCACGGACACGGAGAGCCCAGGCCUCCCCCGCCGCUGCUAAACCUCUUCAACUGAACUGACUGACUGACGGGUGACUGUGCAGAGAGCGAGGGUUCUUCAGGGGCAGGGUGUACGUGUGGUAAUUAAGUAAAGAAGAAACCCGUCAAUUAGCGCUGUUAAUAGGAUGGAUUUUUUUUUAUAUUUUCGGAGGCGAUCCCAUGAUUCGAAUUCGAACACCAAGUUAUAAUUUCUGUGUUUUAGCUAAAUGCAAUUUUCAGAAGAUGAAAAAAAAA